AUGUCGGUGAACGAGAACCGCCAUACCCAAAACAUCACGAAUCCCCGAGCUACAAGCUCUCCUACUUUGGACCGUGAAGCGCUUGACCAACGACUGAAGCACCUUUCCGAGGAAGUCCUCCCGUCCGUACCUUACCUUCUCACUCUUCCCACCAAUUCGCCUUUCCGACAGGGGAACCGCCGCGAGAACCAUUGGGCGGUAGGGAAUGACAGACCCUUCCGUCCUGAAGAGCAAAAACUUCAGUACAUGACCUUCCUGGCACAUCACGAUACGGAUUCGCUACUUGUUGCUGUUGGAGACUGGUCAGAUGAGACGGGGCGCAUGAUGGACGAUCGACCAACGGCCCCAAGCACCACAGAAAUCCCAAGAGAAUCAGUGGCCAGGAAGAAGAUCAGUCUCAAGGAUUACAAGAACCAGAAGAAUAGCGGUCCCGUCGCAUCUCCUAUGGGCCCCGAACCAAGUGGUCGCAGUAUAUCAGACUUACUGCAAUCCGAAGAAAAACGGCAAACGACGGGUUCAAAACCACCGAAGAACCCAGAUAGGACCGAGACACCACAAAUGCCACCCAAGUCUGACACGCGCCUUUCUCCUGAAAGGGUGGGCCAGAAACGGCCAUCUGGCUCGGACCGCGAGCUUCUCGACCCUCGGGGAACCAAAGAUCCCGCAACCUAUUCUCCCAAAAAGCCGCGCCUUUCUCCUGGCAAAGAAACGCGCCGAGACCCCAGCCCAUCGAAAUCGCACUCCCCUAAACUCCCCGCGCUCCUCUCGCCCACCCUCCCACCAACCUCAAAUGGCCCCAAACUUCCGCGUUUAUUGUCUCCUACCUUGCCGCCACAUAUUGAGAAAGAACUGGCCCGUCUCGAUAAUCCUUCCUCACCCCGCCAUGGCCGUCCAAGUGCGUCCGAAAACGCAUUACCUGAGAAAGAUUCAAAUAUCCAUGACCAGCCAAAGGAAAAUGUCCGCCCCAGCGCGCCCAAGUCACAACUCAUUGCGAAAUUGCGAUAUGGGAGGGCAAAUAGGAAACGGGUUGAGGCUUUACUCAAAUUUUCUGGUAAAAAGAAAACACGUCGGUCAGAUUCACCAGUCAGCCAGGAUACCGAUCGCGACGACACCUCCCAUUCUAGGAAAAAGGGAGGAGAAACGACGGGAUCAUUUCGCAGUAAUGUUCUGUCUGGGUCCAUGAAAAACAAAACCAAACACGAGACCGACGAAGCCCUUCGUCCUCAUGAUAGUCGCCCAAGAGAGCCAAAAGGUCUCGCAGAAAAGGCCCGAACUCCCCUCUCACAACCAGCUGUGCCUUCUCACACACAAGACAAAAUCAAGCCAGCUGCAACCACACCGAGAGACCGCAAGACGUCUGCCUCACGCCGGAUUGACAUCGGAGAGAGUGAUGGCAAAACACCCUCUCAUCCUGCUAACAAACGACAUUCCGUUGACACUGGGAUAGUUGUCAAAGCGUCUCCAUCUCAGUCUGAUAGUCGAUCGCGUGAGCGCCGAGCUUGGCGGGAUGAAUGGCAAAAGUUUUCAACCAUCGGCCGUGAGUUGAAACAUGCUGCAGACCGACACAACUCCAAGAAUGGUGCCUCGUCGUCGGAUGAGAAACUCGCUGCUGUGACUGCCAUUGAGGCAUUACUGUCCUUCGUUUUAGCCUUUGUGGCAGACGAUCAGUCCAAAGCUGUAUCACGCCAGGUCGGAGACUCCUCGACAUGGCUGUCCAUCGUUCCGUACUGGAAAGUGGUAAAGAAGCUGACUGCACCCUAUCCUGCGCUAUCAAAUCUUUGUUUAUUGCUUGGUGCUGUCUCAUUCAAUGCUAUCCACGCACUUGAUCUUGAACGCCUCGCCAUAAGCCCAAUUCCUGGAGAGCAUACUCCAGUACCCACUCCUGGAAGUGAUGGCAAUGCGAUUCUGUCGGACGAAAACAGAAAAGCCAGAAAAGAAUUCAUAGAUCUGAAGAAUCGUCUUCCUGAGUGCUACAAAGAGUCCCAGAAACUGUGGCUGGAAGGCACACGAGGUCUCUCUGAAGAUACCCUUGCACGUGAGUUCCCUACGAGCUGGUCUCGGCGAUCUCGAAAUUACUCAGAGCGAGGUCGAGCAUCGCUCAAAGCUGGCGACUAUUCCGGGAGCUAUUUCUUGCCACUAGGAGGUACGACUCCCCCUAUCGAAGUGGUGCGCUUUGGCGGAUCCCUGCUCAAAGAAUGGUGCUCGAAGGAGCAGGUCGAGUGGAAUGGGCGUCUCGGUGUCUGA